AUGCCGGGUAUGCUCAAACAUCGUCCUGUCGCUGCCCAUCACCGGCUUCUGAGUUGUAUUACCAGCGGAAGCCAGCACUCCGGCGACGUCCAUGAGGAGGACGCUUUGUGCUUGUCUGAACUGGUGCAUGAUUUCCUCCAAGAUAACGUAACGGAGGGUCGAUCAUCGGAGAACAAUUUGGACUCCGAGCGAGCCGACUCGGUGUCUGAAUGUGAUGAUCUGAUAAUGGGGGGCACAUUCUCAUGGAAAGUUAGAAAUAAUGUCGAUCCUUAUAGGAAGCAGCUUUUGUCGCACGUUUCGGAGGCCGUGGAGAUGUUUUGGUCUCUAAGGCGAAACGUUCCGGUUUUCCGGCGGAAUGUGGUGGCGUUUCUCCAGGAGAAGGGCCAUAAUGCGGCCAUCUGCGAGACCAAGUGGGACUGCUCCGGUGGCGUCAUCGCCGGGAACCACGAGUUCAUCGACGUGGAGCGAAGGGGAUCGUCCACGUGGCAGACUAGGUACUUAGUGGAGGUUGAAUUCACGUCGCAGUUCGAGAUCGCUCGGCCGACGAGGAAGUACGAGGAGAUUCUGAGCUCUGUGCCCAGAAGCUUCGUCGGAAGAGCGGACGAGCUGAGACGCACCGUUAGGGUCGUCUGUGACGUGGCGGAGCAGUCUUUUGAGUGCGCAGGACUCUCCGUGCCUCCAUGGAGAAAAACGAAGUUCAUGCAGAACAAGUGGUUGGCUCCGUAUCGUCGAAUAACGAAUCGGGUCCAGGGAAUCCCAGUUCCGGCGGCCGGAGAAGCCAUUCACGGUGCCAAUUGCAGAUCGGUGGGCUUCUACGACAUCGUUUCAGAGGCCGGACCCGUUGGGGCCUCCGUGCGCACGAGAUAA